AUGAAGGUGGCUACGUGCUCGGCGCCUACGAAUAUUGCGGUGAUAAAGUACUGGGGCAAGGACGAUGUGGCACUUAAUACUCCUAUCAACUCGUCGGUUAGCGUGACGUUGCAUCAGAAUCAGCUGCGCACCACAACGUCCGUGGCCGGAGGCUCGGAGCUGCAGUCCACGCGGCUGUGGCUCAAUGGCCAGGAGCAGCCGAUUAACAAGCGCGUGACUGUGGUGCUACGCGAAAUGCAACAGCUAGCGCAACGCGUACACGGCGAGAGCGAUCCGCAGCACCUACACAUUGUAUCAACGAAUUCGUUCCCGACCGCAGCGGGACUGGCGUCGUCCGCCGCGGGCUACGCGUGUCUCGUAGCGGCAUUGGCUGAGUUCUACGGCGUCUCCAAAGCCGACGAAGAGUUUACCGGCCAGCUAUCGGCUAUCGCGCGACAGGGCUCAGGAUCUGCCUGUAGAAGUUUAGAUGGAGGCUUCGUUGCCUGGCAGAAGGGAGAGCGACCCGACGGACACGAUUCCAUCGCCGUCCAGGUUGCGGACGAGUUGCAUUGGCCGGAACUUUGCGCCGUCGUGUGUGUAGUAAAUGAUGCACAGAAGGACACAAGUAGCACCACCGGUAUGCAGACGUCCAAGGCCACGAGUUCGCUACUGGCGUACCGAGCGAAGCACUUGGUGCCGGAGCGGAUGCAGACUAUGGAGCAGGCAAUCUUGGCCAGGGAUUUUGAGGCGUUCGGUACACUUACUAUGCAAGACAGCAACCAUUUUCACGCCACGUGUCUAGACACCACACCGCCGAUUUUCUAUCUUAACGACGUGUCUCGUCAAAUCAUCCACCUAGUGCACCGCUACAACAAGCAGGCUGGUCGUGUGCAAGCUGCCUACACGUUCGACGCCGGUCCGAACGCAGUGAUCUUUGUCGAGGAGCAACACGUGCAGGAAGUCGUGUCGCUUGUGCAUCACUGCUUCCCCACGUCAUCAGAGAUGACAAUCAAGUCGUCGAUACAAGUGAACCGUACACCAUCCCAAGCGCUUCUAUCGCGGAUGGAGGCCUCGCUCGAGAGCGGCAAGACAUUCAAGCUGCCGCGCAUCCCUGAUAGUGUGAAAACGAUGUACGUGUCUCGCGUCGGAGGUGGCACGCGCGUGCUAUCUACGGACGAAGCGCUGGUCGAUUCGCCAUUUUUUUGGUUACCUCAAGAACCAGCGCUGCGUUAUUUGGCCACUGCACUUGCGGCAGCAGCAGCGACGAGCAUCGUGCUGUUGCGAAAGUAA